UCUCUGAAGCAAAUGGCCAAUCAGAGUCUGUGCUUCAGUCUUUAAGCGCUUUAAGCCCCGCCUCUUCAGGUGAAGACAGAACCUGUGAUGGACAGCACAGAUUACACAGGGCUGGAGCUCAGAUCCUGUUUGAUUAAAAGUGAAGACGCAGAGGAGAGUAUAGAGAGGAAGAAUGGAUGUGGGAUGAGCAGGGAGGAAGAACUCAUUCUCUCCAACAUAAAGGAAGAGGAGGAGGAAGGUGGGGAGAGGCAGAGGGAGGAGGUAAAGACGGAGGAUGGUGUGAAAGAUGAAGAGGUUGCGGGAUAUGAAUGGAAAGAAGAAAAAGUGCUGAAACAAGAUGGACUACCAGACUGCAAGGAACAAGAAGAUGAGGGCUUGUCCGUUACUUCCUGUCAGGUCCAACAGCCUAGAUUGCCCUCCCCUAGCUCUCCUGUCAUCUCCUCCAGUAAAGGCAAUGCAGGGCAGUCUGAGGUGUUUGGCUGCUCCCAGUGCCCAUUCGCUCACCUGGAAGAAGUGAAGCUUCACCAGCACGUUGAGAAGGUGCACCCAGAGGAGCACAGCAGGGUUCUGAGAUCUGGAGGAAACAGAGAAGAGAAGCCACUGUCUCCCAGCAGCACACAUCAGCACCCCACACCCCCUAAAGCACUCCCCACCCCAACACAGGCCCACACAGGCACUGCAGGGGCCCACACCUGCUCCCACUGUGGGAAGCGCUUGAGAUAUAAAUCAGACCUGACAAAACAUGAGCGAACUCAUACAGGAGAGCGCCCCUACUGCUGCUCCCAGUGUGGGAAGGGCUUCAAAUCAAAAUUAAUCCUGAAAAAGCAUGAGUGUGCCCAUACAGGAGAUUACCCUUACCAUUGCUCCCAAUGUGGGAAGGGCUUCAUAUGUAAAUCACACAUGGCAAUACAUGUGCAAACUCAUACAGGAGAGCGCCCAUACCACUGCUCCCAGUGUGGAAAGAGCUUCAAAUCAAAAUUAGGCCUGAAAACACAUGAGUGUGUCCAUACAGGACAACGCCCAUACCACUGCUCCCAGUGUGGGAAAGGCUUUAUAUCUAAAUCACACUUGGCAAUACACGAGCAAAUUCAUACAGGAGAGCGCCCAUACCACUGCUCCCACUGUGGGAAGAGCUUCAAAUCUAAAUCACACAUGGCAAUACAUGAGCGAAGUCACACAGGAAAGCACCCAUACCACUGUUCGCAGAUUAGGAAGACCUCCAGAUCUACAUCAUACCUGACAACACACGAGCAAACGCAUAUAGGAGAACGCCCAUAUCACUGCUUCCACUGUGGGAAGGGCUUCAUAUCUAAAUCACACUUGGCAACACAUGAACAGAUUCAUCCAGAAGAACACCCAUACAACUUUUCCCAGAGUGGGAAAAGCUUCAAAUCAAAAUUAGACCUGACAACUCACGAGUGUACCCAUACAGAAGAGCGCCUAUACCACUGCUCCCACUGUGGGAAGGGCUUCCGCUCUGCAUCGCAAGUAAGAGCCCACGCUCAAAUUCACACAACAGAACUUCCUUACGGCUGCGCUCAGUGUGGGAAGAGCUUCAGAACGAAAUCAAAACUGACGACACACGAGCGGAUUCACACGGGAGAGCGCCCGUACCAGUGCUCCGAGUGUGGGAAGAGCUUCAGGCAGUCGAGUUCUCUGAGCGUGCACCAGCGCAGAGUCCACCGGCAGAUUCGUACCGAGGAGGGCCUGCCCCACAGACUUCAUACAGGACAUUACCCAUUCUGCUGCUUCCAGUGCGGGAUGGGCUUCACCGAGUCUUCCGCUUUGAUUGAGCACCAGCAAAACUGUACAGAAGAGUUCCCACCCCUCAGCUCCUAGAAUGGAAAGGGCUUCACUCAAUCCAGCCAGCUGAUGACGCAUCAGUGAUAUUGCAUAGGAGAGCUCAGUCCAGCCAGCUGAUGACCCAUCAGUGAUAUUGCAUAGGGGAGCUCAGUCACACCACUCAAGACCCAUCUGCAGGGGCAUUACCUUGCUAUCAGUUCAGUUAGUUGGAGUUAGCCAGUCAGUCAGAACUGAGGUUUGUUUAAAGACACAAUCACUAACAGCCGGUUCUAUACAUAGCUGUUGGUAAAGCUCAUGAGAGGUGCUGGAGAAUGGGAAUGUAAAAUUAAGGAUUGCGUAGGUAACCCAGGUUCUAUGAAUGAAGGUCAACAAAAAGGUCAAGCCUCGCAGAGGUUUGGCUGUUUGGAGAAAUGAACCACUCCCCCCACCUGCGUGGAAUCAUACCCAACAAAUACAGGUGAGAGUCCGCCAGGGCAAGGCCAAGGGAGUCCAGGGCCACCCUUCUCGGGAACAAAUCACACCCUGACCUGAGACCGCUUGUCUGGUCUGGCCAGGAGACGCCAGGGGAAUACAAGCAGCUCUGCCAGCCAGGACUGAUGGGGCCAGUCUGGGGCCACCAGCAGCACCCUGGCCCGCACCACUGGCAGAAGAGGGAAGGGAGGGAGCGUAGGGAAGGGCCCGGGGCCACAUGUACGCAAGGGCAUCCACCCCCAACGUCCCUCUGGGACUCACCACUGAAUACCACCAGGAAUAAAGUGUGGUUUUGUGAGAGGCGAAGAGGGCCGCCUGAGCCUCCCCUGGAACAGGCCCAGAUGGCCAGCACAAUGUCUGGGUGGAACCACUAUUCCCCUGGAAGGGGACCUUCCCUGGACAGUAGAUCAGCUGCCACAUCGUCCUUCCCUGGCAGAUACAUCGCACUCAGUGACUCCCUGUGAGCAUGUGCCCACAGAAGAAGCUUGCAUGCCCUGCUGUGAAGCGACGGAGUGCAUCCCACCUUGGUGGUUGAUGUACGAAACCACCAUGGGAUUUGUCUGUCCGGAUGACAGACGGGCUUCUCUUGGGUCUUUGGCAGGAACUACUCCAAAAGUUUGAAACACCGCCUCCAACUCCAGCAGGUUUGCAUGAACUCCUCUCCAGGAGGGUCUCCACAGGUCUCAGACUAGCGCUCUGCCCCGUCCCUUGGGACGGUAGGAACAAUACCCGGAAACCGCAGAGGUUUGCUUUUGGAUUUGAGCCUCUACCCAGAUUCCAGGGUGCUGAGUGCCCAUGGAGACUGGGUAAACUGAAGCCAAUGAAACGGGUGUUGAGGCGUCAAGCAUAAAGCCAGACAACCGUCAGCGACGGCCUUUUGCUGCGAAAAGAGAUCCCAAACCGCCCCGCCUAAAACCGGCCAGGGCCCAAGGCCAGAGGUUCGCUGUGAGCCCAAAGGGACCGGGCCCUGUGCAACUACACGGCCCCAGCAGUACCGCCCUGAAGGUUUGGCUAUAGGCAUGGCUAGUGCCAACUGCACCGAACACAUCAGCUCCCUGGUCCCACAAUACUGCUCCAAAGCUGCCUCCGAUAGGGACCACUGGACCUGGGACUGCAUUAACGUCCUGCACAGCCAGAUUAGAUUGGGCCAGCCUGGACUUAGACUUCCCAGGAGCCUGGGCAUGCGUACUAGCCCCCUCGAUCCACAAAUGCACCCUUUCCUGGCACUAGGAGUAGUGGAGGACAGGUCCUGGAACAAGCCCUCCAAAUACUCCAGCAAGAUGGAUCUGGAGCAGGCAAGCCUCACUGCUAUAGCAGAGGACUGAUAGGCCUUACGCAACUGAUUAUCAGUUGCCAUGCAACGCCUGACAGGGUGGAUCACAUCGUAACCAGCUUUCACAAUUGCUCCUGCCAGCAGGACCUGAGGAGCUGUAGUGAUCCCAUCGGUCUCUCCAGGUCGGCCAGCUCGGACCGUGGGAGGUUAGCACGCUCACCCUGACGCACUAACCUUCCUGAGGGGAGAGGCGCCUCUCAGUAAAACCCGGGAGAAGAGGUUAUACUCGACAAUUCUAGCUCUCAAGAAGAGAAACCAAGACAUACCGCAAAACGGAGCUAACUUUUCUUCUAAACGAUUCAACAAAGUGGUCCCGAAGAGCACACUGUCUCGCAGGCCACUCGGGAGGAAAAAAAGAGAAUGAGCUGGCGGACUCUCACCUGAAUUUGUAAGGUAUGAUUCCACGCAGGUGGGGGGAGUGGUUAAUUUGUUACUCUUGUCUACUAACUGCUCAACCUCAGCAAGGCUUGACCUAUAUGAUGACGUGUUGACCGAUACGAAAUACAACUGGCUUGAGAUUGUUUUUGGUACUACAACAAAGCCUUCUUAUGUAUAAUAGGACCUAAAAUAAAACAAUUGAAAAUAAAAAAUAUGGGACCUUUAAGAUGGCCACAGGAAAAAGGUGGGUUGUGUUGUAGUUUGUUCUGGAGCCUUGAAGAAGGAUUUUACUUUUUGUGUUUGUGGUGGUUCCUUGGUUAUGUGCAUUUUGCUUGUUUCCAGUUUUUCCUGUUGUGCUGAACAUGGACAUGGUCCAUUAUCUUCUGUUUUGAAAGUAGUAAUCCUACAUUCAAUAAAAAAGUAUGAUUUAAA